ACAAGGGACGCUACAUUAAUACCAGCUUACCCAAGUAUGAAGUAGACCCAUUGAAGAACACCUUGUUAAUUAAGAAGGUGUCGCUAAGUGAUGAUGGAAUAUACACCUGUGUGGCAACAGUAGGUGUGGACAUGGAUAUGAAGGCUGCAGAGCUGAAAGUUAAAGCGCCACCUGAUCAACCAGUGGACGUACAGGUUAUCAACUGCUUGGCACAUUCAGCGGAAAUAUUGUGGAGACCUGGAAAUGAAAAUGGCGAUGCCAUUAAAAACUUCAUUGUGCAGUUCAAUACUUCUUCUGACCCAGACCAUUGGUAUGAUUACGAUGAAGAAAUUCCACAUUUUGUCAGAACUACUGUUGUGAACCUGUUUCCUUAUGGGAACUAUUCUUUUCGUAUGGUGGCACGGAACUCUGUUGGAUUAAGUACGCCAAGUUAUGCCACCAGGAAAGUUUGCUGGACACCCCCAGAUCAUCCUGAUGGUAAUCCAGAGAAUGUGCGGACAGUUACCAAUAAGAAGGGGAAGCUCAUCAUAGAAUGGACACCAAUGCCACGACUUCUACACAAUGGGCCAGGUUUUCACUAUGUUGUCAGUUGGCGACCCAAAGGUAGCACCUAUUGGCACAGUCAGGUCGUGGAGAAUUCAAAACAAGGCCAGAUUGAGAUUGAUGUGGAGACUGUGUAUGGUCUGUAUGAAGUCAAGGUCAAGGCUGUUAAUAACAUCGGGGAGUCUUACCAACCUGCAUUCGUUAUCCUUGGUAGAUCAGGAGAAGAUGAGCCACAAGUAGCACCAAAAGAUUUCCGAUUGGAUCCUGACAAACCAGUGCAACCGCACUCUGCACACUUCAUCUGGGAAGCUGUGGAUACGACAGUGGAAAAAAUACAUGGCAGAUUUCGAGGGUACAGGAUUCGCUAUUGGAAGUCAAGUGAAGGGAGACAUAGGUUACGUCAGAUAGAUGUGUUCAUUGAUAGUCCAGGUAGGACCCAUGGUCCUGACAUCCGUGCUGCUCUGAACGGGCUACCAGCUUACACAGCACUCAGAGCACAGGUUGUUGUUAUGAACACUCACUAUACUGGCCCACCUAGCCAGACUAUUGACUUCUUCACCCCAGAGGGCACUCCAGGAGCAGUAAGAGACUUACGUGUAGAGGCAUUGGGCAGCUCCUAUGUUCAGCUGGAGUGGCUUCCCCCUGAUGAACCCAAUGGCAUACUACUGGGGUAUGACAUUGGGUACCAAGCAGUGAGUGUCACAGAGGUUGGCCCUAUCCAACCUCUCAAACCUGAGGUGCCAAACCCUUCCAUGUUAGCGGCCAAAAUCACUGGCCUGUCUGGUGGUCACCAGUACAGGUUUUACGUCUGGGCGCGGACUAAGGCUGGGCGGUCAAGGGAUCCCAGUUUUGUGGAUGUAGUCAUGGAAGAUGCAGCUGAUCAAAGAAAUGGUGAAUAUCAGACAUCUAACCACAAACGUGAGGACAGAAGAGGAGGUGACCCAACAUCAAGUACAGAUCUGGCAUCUUUAUCGCGAUUAACACUGUCUACCUCCUUAGUCCUUACAACUCUAGUCUUCCCAUUUUUGUAGAAAGAAUUUUGGUGAACAUUGUGCUGUCUCGAUCUUUAACUUGAUAUAUGUGAUAUAUAAAUCGGAAGCCUUGUGUUACAGUAUAUACAAAGCAUCUUGUGGAUCUGGUGACGUGGCAAAUCAUUUAACGUGGCUGGUCAGUGCAUUUGAUGAAAGUGUUCAUUACCUGAGUUGAUGUGAUGUAACAUUAACCAGACACAUCUGAGGACAGGUGUUGCCCUAACUGACCAUUGUGAUGAAUAUAAUUGAAGUGGCGACCUCAGAGACAACAGCCUUUCAUCUGGCAAGAAAGCUAGGCUUCUGUAGAGGUAUACUCAAUUGCGUUAGUACAAAGCACUUGCCUGAACUUAACAAAUAAAGGUUGUGCAUUCUACCUCAUCGCUCUACAAAAGCACCAAGUGACAGAGAGCAUCAGCGCUAAUGAUAUACGCCCUAGCUGUCCGGUAUCUAGGGGCCAGUGGCUGGUCAUGCAAAGUAAUGUGUUGUUUCAACACGUUUCCGAUUCCUGGAGAGACGGAUUAUGUGGCAGUUUCACUCAUGUUCACCCGGCACCAAAACCCACUUGGCAAUAAUAACAUGGCGACAGUGCUCAGCAACCCUGUAAAGGGCAGGAGCAAAUCAAAGUAUAAAACAAACUUUGCGUGGUGCAAGCUGUUUUAGUCGCAGAGAAAAGUGUUAUUUUUUUUCUCCCAAUUGCUUGGGUGUUAAAGAUACUUUAUAUCACUGAUGAUAUGCCAAAGUUACAUUUCCGUUUAUACUGUACAGACUGCGUGUUGUGUGUGGCGAGCUAUAGUGGUGGAGAUGUUUGCUGGCUUAUAUCUACAAUAAACUUUAUACUGAGAUACCAUUAUGUAAAUAAAAUAUAUGAAAUGUUUGGUUGUGAUAAAAAAAACAUCUGUUGAAGCAUAGAAAUAUGUGAAGGAUGUUAACACCCACCCCCAUUAAAUGCCCUGUGUUGACUGACUUUCACAUCAGUCAUCAGCUUCCUCAUGAAGGCUUUGCUUUUGGCUGGUUAAUUGCCAAGUUUCUGUCUGCCAGACAGGGAACUGUGGAUGUGGUGUGCUUCAGUCCAUACUUAAUGUAUGGGUCAUCAGUACUUAUAUAAAGGGUUGUUAUCAUUAGCAAUGAAGCAUUACUGAUGAAGCCAAGAGCCAAGGUCAAGCCAAGGUCAAACCAAGAUAAAGGGUAAGGCUGCUUAAAUAUAUAAUCUUCCUUUAUUAUUGUCAAGGUGAAGACAACAGGUGACUAGACCGGUGAUUAGAGGCAUCAUUGGUUUGUGACAACAGAUACAAAGGUUUCCUCAAAGUUUGCCAGCUCUUUCCACUGUAAGUGUCCAUCAACCAUGGACGUGCGAUGUCUCUGCAGAUGUUACAGUCCAUGAGAUGUCACCUGGCAGACUACUGUUGGCUUUCCUUUUAAUGUGCUAAUGGAUUCAAUAAUGAGCACACAUACAUAUAUAGGGACAGAGAUUGGUUGUUUCAAAUGUGAUAAAUGCAUUGCAUCAUCUUUGUGAAGAAUCAAUCGUUGGAGUUGUUAUCCCAGUGGCUUGGCAUUACCUACACAGUACAAUUCUAGUCAGAGAGGAGGAUCUUUCCAUACUGGUUUCUUCCUACUUUUUCAAAAGCAUGAGUGAUGUGUGAUUGUGUACAUGUAUGUGUCUACACUGUAUUGCAAAUCCGCCAAAUUGCAUUUACGUUGAUUCAGUUUAAAGAGGAAAUUUAUGGUAUUCUCGUAAGCCAAACUGUUGUAAUUAUGUUUUUUUUUAUUCUGUUUGCUAAAAUUGUAUUACACACAGAUAUUAUACCAUGUUCUUUUGUUAGUCUUCAAGUGCUAGUCAUAGAUUUUACAUUUGUUACAUUUGCUAGAACUAUUUAACGAAGUAGGCAUACUGUGGUCAUUAACCAUUGAAGCAGCCAUCUUUAUCUUAUUGUUAUAAGGUAGGGCACAUAAACAAUCAGUCAUCAAGCUUUACCUGAUGAUGUCACAGUUUACCAGACAAUCAUAGCUGUUGAUUAUUUUUCAAACAUCGCCACUCCAUGUACAUGGCUGAAAUACUGCCAUUGUGAUGUUAAACCUUGAUGAUUCAUUCUUUCAAAGGUUUUUUGAUGUUUAUGUACUGCAAGAAUCACAUUCCUGAAACUCAUUAAAGAUUUACAUCCAGUCUUCUAGAGAUAGCAAAGCUUUAUUGUUACUGCUGGGGGUUGUUUAUAGCCACUAUUACAACACGCGACAAAUUUGUCACAAGAACAGAAAUUAAUGUUAAAUUUUGUGUACAAUAUCUGGUUUGUUCUCAUUUAAGUAAAUAAGUAUGAAACAAAUUGCAAUAUUGUACAUUAUGUUAAAAGUGAGGUGGAUUUGUUGUGAAAACAAUAUUUUGCAUUACUUUGGGUGAUUGCAUAUGAGAAUGUGUGGUUAAAGGGAGAGUGAAUAGUUUCCUAAUUUGGAAGAAUGAUUCAUUGGGUGUUUAUCUCUGAGACUACUGAUGACUUUGAUGUACAUGUAACUAAAUGUACAUAACGUAUGUACAUGAAUUGACAAAAUAUAUGAUGCUUUUGUAGAUUUCAUAUAGACUUAUUAUGUAGAAAAUGGAUGCAAUUGUGUUUCCUUUUUGCCAAUUUUCUUGUCUUCAUGACUGUAUCAUACCAAUGAAGUGCCAUAAACUUUGCAAAUAUUAAGAGAUUUUCAGCAGUUUCCUGACUGGCAAUUGAACUUACUCAACAUGAAGGUGAUUGUGUAUGUGACAGUCUUGAAGUUCUGUGAGCAGGUGUAUUAGAUGAGGAGAUAUAAUUCCUUAUUGCACCUGUUUUAAGAAGCAACAUAUCUUUUUAUUUUUUUAAAAAAACUUGCAACUAUAUAUAAUUUGACAGCUAGUGCUUCAUUUGUUUAUGGCUUCAUCUUUCCUUAAGUUUAAUUAUUUCAUCUGCAUUUUACCAUUUGACUGCACCUUCCAAUAUUUUCACCAUGUUCAUGGUGAUUAAGCAAAGACAUAGUGCUCUUCGUGAAUGGACCUAUAACUUAAGUGCUAAUCUGAGUUGUCUGGUCUUUCCCUUGCAUCAAUAACCGGGUACAUGUUUUGCAAAGAUAUUUUGAAAGAAAUCAAAUUGUAAUGUUUUAUGUCUCUCAUUGAGGUUGUGCAUACAAUGAACCAUAUUUAUGAAUACUCUAUUCGUCUUUGAUGGCAUGUCAUUCCCUUUCAUGACUUCUUAAUGUUUUGUGACUGUCAGACGUGUAGACAUUUAGUGCGUGCAUCGUAGUAUGUGUAAGGGUGAUGUAGGGACUUAAUAAAGUAUCCAUAGGUGCAUGUAGUGCUGUUGCAAAAUGCAGUUGGUCAAGCUGAAGGCAAUUCCUAGUUAUAUGCAUUACUAUAUGAAAGGUUUCGAUUGAAUGAUAACACUGUAGCAUGGUAAGGCAGAAUAACAUACAUUUUCUGUAAUAACUUACUUUGAAAUUUCGACCUUUGACAUACUUACACCUUUCAUGCUUUCUUUUCAAUUUACUGUCUCAAGCUUAUGUUUGUGUGUGUAUAGCAUGACUAAUUUCCACCAAAAUGAUAGACAAAUUUUGAUUGAAGAAGCAAUAAUUUAUAAGCAUUCACAUUAUCCUUAUCCACAGAAAACAACAUCUUUACUGCUGGUUUGUUGUUAUCCAUAACUCAUGAAUACACUUGUUAUGAAUAUUUUGUAUUAAAAAUCAAAAAUUAAAAGUUCAAUAAGUUGUUCUCUUUUUUUAUGCCCAUCGUUUACCUGAGUAGACUAUAAAUGCACCAUGAACAUCUUAAUCUUUGCUGUGGCAGGUAAAUAUGACUACAAGUCAAAUCUUACCUGUAGCUUGAGGUAAACCUCCAAAGUCUGUUCAGACGCAACUUCUCAAAGUAAUUACAGUGUUCAGAUCAUCUUGUCUGAGAUCACAGCUUACACCUAAAUUGUGAGGCACUCCAAGAGCUCAAACCUUCUAAAUGUAUAAAUCCUCAUAUAAAGACAAAACAGACAGUUACAUGUGCUCUGCAUUUCAGUUGUGUUUGUGGUGAAGAAUUGUUUAAAAUAAUUCCAGCAUCCUGAUCCCAAUCAAGGCCAAAAUUUAAUUUAAUUUAACCUUUUCAUACAAAUCCCUAUAUAACUUAAACGAAAAGACCUCAAAAAAUACAAGUGGGCAUCCCUAAAUAUGUCACUUAUAACUGUACAUAAAUAUACCUUCAUUUAUUUUUUUUUAGAUUUUCGUGAAAAGACUUAGGUGCUCAAACAUUUGAAUUCUAGGGUGGGCUUUAUGGAUCAUAGUAUCAGAGGUUAGGAACUCUGAUGUCCCAGGACGUUUUUUCAUGUCUAAUCACGAGACUGAAUGUUGGGAUAACACUUUUUACCCAUGAGUGAAAGAUUACUGAAAUAAUGUUACCAAAAAUUCCUACCUUCUGGUGAACAGCAGGAAAAAAUGUGACGUCAGGCCAGAGUUCCUAGAUUUCAUAAGGCUCAUAAAGCCCACCAUAGUUUUCAAAUAUUUGAAUGCCUUUCAACACUCUUAAAAAAUGUGAAGAAAUAAAUGAAAGUGUUUUUAUGCAGUUUUUGUAAGGUGAACUUCACUUCAUAUUUUAGCUUUCUUUUACUUUAAACAUAAAGCUGCUCAAAGACAGACAGACAGAUGGACAGAUGAGGCUAUAAGUGUAUGAUAUUAGGGAUGAUUGUAGUAAAGACUGUCUUACCACUCGCGUCUUUUGGAACAACUUCCGAACCCCUCUUUUCAGAGGACAGUUAGACGGGAGAUGGUUCUUACUCCUCUUUGUAUACCAAGUUUUAUACGUUUGUUAGUGAUCUUAUGUAGUAUUAACAAUUCAUGUUCUAGUCUGUUGUUUACCUCCGCUGUUCAGAUGUUAUCUGAAGCACCAUGGCAUAUAUUUGUUCUUGCAUACAUUAUGAAUUAUCAUAAGCAAUGUUAACUUACUCAAUUCAAGUUAAGAAAUUACAUUUCGCAUGAAUUUUUAAGUAGUACCAGAUGUUUUGCAUGAUGAACUGUUGGCAUGGCAACCGAUAUACAUGUAGUUUACAAUUCCAUGACGGGCUGUUGUCUGUGCUUCCGAAACUUCAUGGUAUGUUUAUGUUUAAUUUUUAUCUUUUUACUGUCUUAAGACUACGCUGUUGUGAAAAUAACAAUCUGUUAUUAGUUGUUGUUUAGGCCACAUGCGCACAGCAGUAUUUCUUAUGACAUAAUUCCAUGACAGUUAGAGGUUAACACAUUAAUGUGUAGAACAUGGAAAUAAAUGGCAUCUGUCUCUCAGAUAGGGUAGGUUUGUCGUGAGUCCCCUGACGUUGUACAUGUUAUUACGGAGUGUGGGGGGUAUGUCGUCAUGUUGUAUAGGACGGCUGUCAAACUGACAUGUUGUUUUCAGUUUUUUUUUUAUUUCCUGUGUGUUUUUCCUGCUACUUUGACUUAAGCUCCAAAUGUCUGACAUGCGCAAUGACUUGUCGGUUUACGUUGCACGUACAAUUACGGAAGCAUUAAUUUAUUUUUGUAAAUAAA